AUGGUGUUGGCCGCCACGGCGUGGAUUAUCACGCCGUGGUGGUCGGGCACGUGGUCCACCACUAUGGUGGAUGGUCAACUGAACAUGACCAUCGAAGGGACCAUCAAGGUCCCCAAGUUGCCGGAAAUGGUCAUCAGAGUGGUUGGCCAAUGGGCCAACCAAGAAAUACGUGUGGGGGUGCGGGGCCAGGCGGUGGCCUGGAUUGAGACGGCCCCUGCCCCCCAAUUAUUAAUAACUCGUUCGUUGGCCGGAAUGCCGGAGAGGCCCGGCAUGAACGCGAGCCUACUACUAGAAGUCCCCGUGUAUGUGCCAGCAGCGAUGCCCUCCUGGUGUCGAGACAGAAUAAUUCGCGUAGAUGGAUGGGUGGCUGCGGCGUUGUGUUUUUUAUUGAUUAGGGCAAAUUGUCGGAUAGAGGAGUGUGAGGAGGAUGAGAGGGGGAAACGGAAGCCGAGUAAGAAGUUGAUCGACUUCGAGCCUCGACUCGCAGUCAACUCGCCCGUUUCCAUCCUCAACUGGCUUUCCAAAUCCCGCUUCAUAUUGCAAGACUAA